AUCAAGACAACAGUGUGAUCUGUCGUCUCGUUACAACCAACUUCAUUUGGUCAGAACAUAACUUUCAAAAGCUGUACAAGUAAAAAUGGGAUUUUUUUUUCUUUUUCGUAGUACCAGCUUUUUAAGUAAAUGAAAUAUGCUUUACUGUUAAUUUUUAUAUUCUUAUUAUGGAGAUUAUACUGAGUUAAACGUUACUCUUCAUGUCAGUAAAUCUGUGACGAAAAAGAACAUGUCAGUAGACGUCAAUGAAUAUUUAGAAAGCUUGCUUACUGAUCUAGGAGCAUGUGGAAAAUUCCAGCUUCUGUUUUACUGUCUUGUUUAUGGCAGCAUGAUCCCAGCUGCAUUUAGUGUUUUGAUGAUGACAUUUGGUGGAAUCGAGCCAAAUUGGUCAUGUAACUGGUUGUCAAAGAAUGGCCAGUUGCUGAAUACUACAUCUCAAAUGAUGUGUAACCCAGAUAAUUCUACACAUGAAGCUGUAUGCGUUUCAAAAACAUUUGAUUCAUCCCUGUCGACAAUAGUUCAGAAGUGGGAUCUGACAUGUGACAGGGAGUGGAUAGUAUCAACAAUAACAACUAUACAACUUGCAGGACUACUUUUUGGCGCAAUCAUGUCCGGCCAGAUCGGAGAUUCGUUCGGGAGAAAACCAACUUUUUUCGUUUCAUUUAUUAUGCUUUUCGCAUUCAACCUGGUGGCAGCUUUUUCAGUAAGCUGGCAAAUGUUUGCAGUCUUGAGAUUUUUCAUUGGAAUUGCAAGUGGGUGGUAUUUGACAAUUUACAUUAUAUUUUUGGCUGAACUCACCUCUAUGAGAUAUAGAUCUGGUAUAGUGGCAUUUCCCGCUUGGCCAAUAGGAACAAUGAUUUUUGGAUUAUUUUGUUGGAUUUUAAACGACUGGAAAAACAUUCAGAUUACAACUGCUAUUUUGUGUGUACCUUGGCUGAUUGGACUUUGCUUUGUGCCAGAAAGUUACAGAUGGUUUGUGUCAAGAAAUAAGAUCAAUGAAGCUCAUCAAGUUUUAACUAAAAUUGCAAGACUAAAUGGAAAAUCACCACCAGAUUUUGUUAAACUGUGUGACAUCAUUGCUUUUACGAAGACUGAAAACACUUGUGAUCGAAAACGUACUGUUGUAGAUAUUUUGAAGACAAAACAUCUUUUAAAAGACACUUUACUAUUGAAUGUAUGUUGGAUAUCGUGUGGAUAUGGAUAUUUUGCGAUUUCUUUUGGUGUUAAACAAUUAUCUGGAAAUAUAUACCUAAAUAUAGUAUUUCUUGGACUUGUUGACGUAGUACAAAUAUGUGUGUCUUUUAUAGCUAAUAAGAUUGGUAGGAAAAGAACUACCUUUAUAUUCUUUGCAGUAGCAGGUAUUACAGGCACUGUUGUUGGAAUUCUACAAUUUAUAGAUCUAAACAAUAAAGGACAACUAGUAAAUGGUUUUGCUUUCACGUCUAAAAUGUGUGUUAAUUCGGGAUGGAUUUCACUCAUCAUCCUUACUUCUGAGAUAUAUCCAACAGUUGUCAGAAAUGUAGGUUUCGGUCUUAAUAAUUCCAUAGCACGUAUAGGUGCGAUGACAGCGCCACAGCUUGUAUUUGCAAGUAAACAUAUUCCAGGAUUAUCAUACUUACUACUGGGAGGAUUGUUCCUAUUUUCUUGUAUCUGUGUAGUUUUUUUACCAGAGACAAAUAAGAAAGCUUUGAAAGACACCAUUGACGAGAACGAAGGACUUUAAAUAAAAUGUUUGUACUAAAGCUUGUUUUAAAACUGUUAUGAUCUAGUCAUGAUAUGAAUCGUUGAUUUCCAAAUUUGGCUGAAUUACCAUUAUUAUGUCAUGACGAUCAGUAGCUAUAGUGUGCCAAACGGUAAAGAUAACAGACAAUAAAAACAGUGGAAACAAGA